UCUGUGUUGAAGAGGAGAGGAACUGUUAGAGAUGCAAAGAAAGCAGCAGAAGUGGCGGAGGUGAGACUGAUGAGCACAAUCUUAUGUGGAAUGCUCUAUCGGAUACCAAUGUUGCUUCUGCUUUCCAUACUUCUCUUCAUAUGGUCUUCUUCCACUAUGAUCAUGUCUGGCUCUUUCUUCCAUGUCUGUGUCUCCUCUCGCAAACUCAGCGACCUCUAUUGUCUCUCUGCAGGAACCCAUCCUAAUUUCCAUCUCCCUAUUCCCCUCAACCAAAGCAGCAAUGGUGAGAACGGCAAAGUCUUUGAUGCUAUAAGGUCAAGUUUCGAUGCUAUCAACGGCACCACCACCAAUGGAGAUGCCAAGACUUCAAAUACCAUUAAGGUAACUACCAAUGCUAAGGCAGUAGAAGAGCAACUACAACUUCAUGAUCAACUUACACAGAGCCACGACUUUGAAAGUGAUGGAAACAGUGGUGGUAGUAAUGAUAGACAAGCCGAGAUUUCGAAAGCAGUUAAGGCAGUGGAAGAACAGCUACAGAUUCAUCGUUCCUGGGCAUCUGGUUCUACCAUAACGAAUCAUGGAGCUUGCGAUGGAAGGGGUAUUUUUGUGUAUGAUCUUCCUUCGAAAUUCAACAAAGACUUGGUUGCUCAGUGUGGAGAUAUGACGCCAUGGGAGAGUACGAGUUUCUGUGAGUAUAUGGAAAACGAGGCAAUGGGUCGGCCAAUUCCGGCUCUUGGCAAGGGCUGGUACCGAACCCAUCAGUAUUCUCUCGAGCCUUUGCUCCAUGCGAGGGUGUUGAGGCAUCCCUGCAGAGUCUUCAAUCCGGACGAUGCCAAACUCUUCUAUAUUCCCUACUAUGGAGGACUGGAUAUCUUGAGGUGGCACUUCAAGAACGCUUCCGAUGAUGUCAAGGAUGCAUUGGGGAUCGAGCUAGUAAAUUGGCUUGGGGCACAGAAGUUUUGGGAUCGAAACAACGGAAAGGACCAUGUUAUUGUGUUGGGGAAGAUCUCUUGGGACUUUCGUCGAACAGUCAAGUCAGCCUGGGGGACUAGUUUCCUGGAACUCGAACAGAUGAAGAAUCCUAUCAAGCUCUUGAUCGAGCGACAACCAUGGAAGAUCAACGAUAUUGGGAUUCCGCAUCCGACGCACUUCCACCCUCAAUCAGACGACGAUAUCAUAGCCUGGCAAACGAAGAUCAUCAGUUCGAGUCGUAAGAACCUCGUGUCAUUUGCAGGGGCAGCAAGACCUGACGACCCAGAUAACACAAGAUCGAUAUUGAUAAAUCAAUGCUCGUCGAGUACCGAUGGGUCAUGUCGGUUCCUCAACUGCAAGUCAGGAGCUUGCAGUAAGCCCGAGAUAUUGAUUGAGCUGUUCAUGGAGUCUGAGUUCUGCCUACAGCCGCGCGGCGAUAGCCCAACUCGGAAAUCGGUAUUCGAUUCUUUAGUUGCAGGUUGCAUUCCGGUGCUAUUCGAUCCAUUCUCUGCCUACUACCAGUACCCUUGGCACUUACCAGAAGACCAUGGGAAGUACUCUGUGUUUGUGGGUAAAGAAGAGCUGAAGCAGAUGAAUCUGAACGUAGUGGAAAACCUCAAAGAGGUUCCUAAGACGGUGAGGGAUGAGAUGAGGAGGUUUAUAGUGUAUGAACUGUUGCCUGGGUUGGUUUAUGGAGAUUCCAGUUCACAGCUACAGAGGUUCCAGGAUGCUUUCUCUAUAUCCAUUAACCAUUUGCUUCAUAGGGUCAACAAAUUAGAAUGA